CUCUCGGCUACCCUGCGCGUACGCGCGUGAAUUACUGCAUUUUAUUAUUACAAGCGAUAAAAGUUUUAUUUUAACUAAUUCAAAAAAUGCUCAUGCUCAUUAAAUCAUAGUGAUAGUGUGAUACAAUUUAAAAGGACUGAUCUAGAAGGAUCUAGAAGAAUAGACGAUGCUGGGAGAAGUGGUGGUGAGGUUCCUUGCUGUGGUGGUCGCCGGCUCCAUGGCAGCAGCAGGAGUUACCACCGAGGAGUACGCGCAGUUCCCGCGGCUGUUCCACCUGGACGAGUUUGAGUCGUGCCUGGCGCGGCGCGGGGGGCUGUACUGCCUCGGCACCUUCAGCGUCAAGCCGGUCUCCGAGCCUCACCCCACCUACCUGCUCAUGACGGAGUACUCUAUUGACCGGCACAACUUCAACCGCACAUUACUGCACCGCGGCUACUGCGUGAGCUCUCGCUGCCCCAACAUCACCAGCGGCAGUCCCUCGCGUCGCUUCCAGCGCUGCAUGUCGGAACAACUGCAGCGCCUCUGCCUGAAAGCCGAGCUGAUCGAGCUCAGCUACUGCCGGUCGCACACCAAGCAUGAAGCGCUGAGAAGCACCGGCAGCGCUGUAGAGACGCCGCACCGAGUAUUCUUGUAUGCGGUGGCAGUUAUUGUGCUCCUCAAUGUAGUGGGGACUGUGUAUGAUGUGAACACGAAGAGCAUUAAAAAGCUUCGAGUGCUGACGGCGUGGUCGCUGGCGUCCAACUGGCAGCACCUGAAGACGCCGUACCCUGCCGGUGACCCCAGGCUGGACACGCUGCUCACUCUCGAGGCUUUCAGAGUGGUAAUGGUGGCGCUGGUGGUGUUCGUGCACGCGGGCUGUCUGCACCACAUACUCUAUAUACAGAACCCGCAACAUAUUGAAGAGUUGGCGCGAUGGCCAGCGAUGAUGCUGCUGCAGAACGGCACAGCCAGCGUGCAGAUACUGCUGAUGCUGUCCAGCUUCUUCCUGGCAGACUCGCUGCUGCAGGCGCCGCAGCCACCCAGCUUUACGCUGCUGCCCAAACUGAUGCUCAAGAGAAUCUUCAGGAUAGCGCCGUUAUACAUACUGGUGAUGGGUUUCUCGGCGACGUGGUGGCCGCUGACGCGCGACGGCCCCAUGUGGCCCAUGCUGGUGGGCCGCGAGAGCAACAUCUGUCGCCGCAAGUUCUGGCCCAACGUGCUCUUCCUGCAGAACUUCAUCGAGCCUGAGCUCAUGUGCCAGUGGCAGACCUGGUUCCUGGCAGUGGACAUGCAGCUGCACCUGGUGGGGUGCGUGGUGAUGCUGUGGCUGCCCCGCCGGCGUGGGCGCGCGCUGUGGCUGCUGGGUGCCGGCUUCCUGGGCGCUGUGCUGCUCAACGCCUACCGAGGCUACGUCAACGACUGGAAGUCCUUCAUGUUCGUCUCCAUGCCCAAUAACAUCCACAACAAGUUCGAGACGACUCCGUCGUUCAGCCAGUACUACACGCACCCGUGCGGGAGCCUGCCCGCCGCGCUGCUGGGGCUGUUCAUGGCACAUCUGCUGCACCAUCUCAGGGACAUAGGCUUUAAGCCACAGGACCAUAAGCGGCUGAUAAUGGCGUGCCAGCUGGUGCUGGCGCUGAUGCCGUGCUGGACGGCGAGCGGGUGGCUGGUGCGCGGCGGCGGCUCGCGGCUCUGGCACGCGCUGCUGCUCGCGCUGGAGCGCCCGGGACUGCUGCUGCUGGCGGCGCUGUUGCUCUUCGGCAUCUGCAACGGCAGCACCGCGCCGCCACUGCGACACGCUGAUGAAAAAUCUGCAGCUAUUACCAAAAAUAAAGGCUACCUGCGGCACGUGUUCAGUUGGAGCGGCUGGUUCGCGCUGGGGCGGCUGUCGCUGCCGGUGCUGCUGCUGCACUGGUGCAUCAACUGCAUGCUCACAGGAUCCUCACUCACGCCAAUCACCACCUCCACGCUACAUACGGUGGCAGACACCACAGCGACGAUGUUCCUGUCGUACCUGCUGGCGGUGCCGCUCACGCUGACGGUGGAGCUACCCUUCCAGAAGCUAUACUCCGUCCUCAUCACAUGA